GCGAGAUCCAGAUCGCGGCAGGAAGCCUUUUUCUCUUCACUCGAUCGGGAUGGCUGCUUUAACUACAACAAAUCUGCCUGCUUUAAAACUCGUAUCGCGGGGAAAAGUGCGCGAUGUCUAUGCUACAUCUUCCCCAGAACAUCUUCUAUUUGUCGCGACCGACCGCAUAUCUGCAUACGAUGUGAUCCUACGGAAUGGCGUCCCUGGCAAAGGCAAAAUCCUCACGAAGAUCUCGCUAUUCUGGUUUGACAAGCUCAAGCAUGUCAUGCCGACCCACUUUGUCACUGCGAACGUCGAUGAAACGCCAGAGGAAGUAAGACAGUACAAAGAACAGUUGGAGGACCGCGCUAUGCUCGUAAAAAAGGCUACAGUGGUACCUUUGGAAGCCAUAGUCAGGGGUUAUCUUACUGGAUCCGGAUGGUCGGAGUACAAGAAAUCUGGGACUGUGCAUGGGAUCCCUCUUCCCUCAGGACUUGUAGAAUCACAGAAGUUGCCCGAACCUCUGUUCACGCCUUCGACCAAGGCUGAGCAAGGUCAACACGACGAAAACAUAUCCCCCCAGCAGGCUGCUUCUUUGAUCGGCCAAGAGCUCUACGACCAGAUCUCAGCGAAAGCCAUCCAGCUCUACAAAGAAGCUGCAGACUACGCAUUGAGCCGAGGAGUCAUUCUGGCCGACACCAAAUUCGAGUUUGGCUUAGUAGCAACACCUAAUGGAGACGAGCUCAUUCUCAUCGAUGAGCUCCUCACUCCUGACUCAUCACGUUACUGGCCCGCAAGCUCGUAUGCCCCAGGUGGUCCUCAACCUAGCUUUGACAAGCAGUAUCUUCGCGACUGGCUUGUGAGCUCUGGAUUCCGCAAGGGCUUGGAGAGUGGUCCGGAAGGCCAUGAGGGGCAAGGGUGGAUUAUGACUGAGGAAGUGGUCGAGGGUACCAGGAAACGGUAUGACGAAGCAUUGACGUUGCUGACUGGCGAGACAUCGAAGUAAAAGAAUACCAGAACACAUUUAAAGCUGUAGAAGAUAGAGAAUAACAUAUAUACUAGGCUAUUGUGAACGUUCAACUCGAGGAAUGAUCUUAGCUGAGGUUCAAGUUUUGACAGCUGCUGAAGUCGGAAAUUUCAGACGCAGUUAAAUGUGGUCCAGUAUACGAAACCACAGGUGAGUCACUUGAUGCUUAGAGCAUUAGUGAUCUACCUUGCACUACACGAAAGAAGACCGCAGGAGAAGACUCAUAUACCUAUGAUAUCCAAAUAGAUCUAGAAUUAAUCA